UCCAGCCCCCAGUCCGCGCCUGAGGUUUCUGGAUCUGGCUUGCGCGAUCCUGCAGGAUCCUGGGAGGUUGCAGAGCUGGCCAUGCCGAGGUUGCAAGGAGCGGGUCCCAAGCGUGACAUGACCUCACAGCUCAGGCUAGGAAAAGAGGCACGGAUCUCGGAUCAUCCAGCUGCAAACGAAAAGGAGAUCCCGUUGGAGAGUGGCUUGGAGUUUCCUGAUGUAAUAAUAAAAGUAGAACAAGAAGAGGAGCAGUGGCUGUCAGUAAAAAUGGAACAAGAAAGGAAAGUGUUGGUCUCAUCUCUCCAAGAAAAUGAAACUACAAUUGAUGCCACUUCAGAGUUUCCUACUGUGAUAAUAAAGAAGGAAGAAGAUGAAGGUCGGUGGGUGCUGUAUCACCAGGGGUCUGAAGGAAAUGGAGCCUUCCCAUCUGCCCGUUCAGAAGAAGAGCUGACCCGGAGCUAUGUGGGUGGGAAGGAGAAUAAGUGUGCUGAUUGUGGGAAAAGCUUCACGCAGAGGUCCAGCCUUGUCAGACACGAGAAGACACAUACCGGAGAGAAGCCAUAUCAGUGUUUGGAGUGUGGGAGAAGCUUCAGUCAGAGAUCGAUCUUGACUAGACAUCAGAGAACCCACACGGGAGAGAAGCCAUAUAAAUGCUCUCAGUGUGGGAAAAACUUCCGCCAUAAAUCAGCACUUCUCAGGCACGAAAAGAUGGAGGCUGGGGAGAGGCCCUAUGAAUGUUCACACUGUGGGAAGGGCUUUAUUCAGAAAUCCAACUUUCUCAUCCAUGAGAGAAUCCAUACAGGUGAGAAACCAUACCUGUGCUCAGACUGUGGGAAGAGCUUUGUCCAAAGGUGGCAUCUCCUUGUCCACGAGAUGACACAUAAGCAGGAGGCAUCCCACGAGUGUUCAAAAUGUGGGAAAAGGUUCAACCACAGCUUAAGCCUUCUCAUCCACGAAAGAAGCCACAUGGGGGAGAAAAUAUAUCAGUGCUCAGACUGCGGGAAAAACUUCACCCAGAGAUCCAGCCUUGUUCGACAUGAGAAAACUCACACAGGAGAGAAGCCGUAUAAAUGCGCAGAAUGUGGGAGAAGUUUCAGCCAGAGGUCUAUCCUGACCAGACAUGAGAGGACCCACACGGGAGAGAAGCCAUAUAAGUGUUCCGAAUGUGGGAAAAAUUUCCGUCACAAAUCAGCGCUCCUCAGGCAUGAAAAGAUGGAAGCAGGCGAAAGGCCUUAUAAAUGUGUGCACUGUGGGAAAGGCUUCAUUCAGCGGUCAAACUUCCUGAUACAUGAGAGAAUCCAUACUGGUGAGAAACCCUAUCAAUGCACAGACUGUGGGAAACGUUUUCUUCAAAGGUCACACCUGCUCGUCCAUGAGAUGACGCAUAAGGAAGAGGAACCUUACGAGUGCCCACAGUGUGGGAAGAGCUUCCAUCACAGCUUAAGCCUUGUGAUCCACAAAAGAAGCCACACAAGAGAGAAACCACAUCGUUGUGCCACCGGUGGGAAAGGCUUUGUGGGUAAAUUGGGUUUUAGCAGACGUGAAAAGGUACAUCAAGGAGAGAAGCUGUAUUCCUGCUCCGGCUGUGGGAAAGGCUUUAGUUAUAGAUCAGCUCUCCUCAGACACAGAAGACCUCAAGCGGGAAGGGCGCCAUACUGGUUCUCUCCCUGUGGAAAAAAAAACAUUCUAAAAUUAAAGCUUCUCUCAUCCAAAGGGCCCCAUAAUGGACAAGGCCUACACAAUUGCUCCCACUGUGGAAGAGGAUACAGCCUGAAAUACAAGCUUAUCAUACAUGAGAGAGGCCAUCUAAGAAAGAAACCAUAUAAAUGUUCAGUGUGUGGAAAAAGCUUCAGUCAGAGGUCCAAUUUUAUUGCGCAUGAGAGGACCCACACAGGCGAAAAACCACACAAGUGUGCUGGCUGUGGGAAGUUCUUCAACAACUGGUGGAACCUCUUAAAACACCAGAAGACCCACACUGGAGAAAAGCCUUACAGCUGUGGUGAGUGUGGGAAGAACUUCAGCAAUACAUCGACUCUCGUUGUACACAAGAGGACCCACGCUGGUGAAAAGCCGUACCAAUGCUCCAGGUGCGCAAAAGGCUUCACCGGCAAAUCCAGCCUGAUCAAACACGAGAGGACCCACACGGGCGAGAGGACCCACAUCUGUGCAGAAUGUGGGAAAAGCUUCAUCCAGAAAUCAAACCUUCUCAGGCACAAGAAGACCCACAAAGGAAAGUGAGGGAAUCGGUUCUCUGAUUGUGGGGAAAGUUCCAGGUUUCACUUGACCCUGCCGAGAAAUGCAGCAAUCCAUGCAAAAGAAAAACCAUACAAGCACAUGCCCUGUGAGAAAACUUUCAGCAAGGAAACCGUCCUCGUGGUCCACAAGAGAACCCACACAGGGGAGAAACCAUAGAUAUGUUUGAGCUGUGGGAAAACCUUUUCGUACAGAUCCAGCCUGAUGGAACAUGAGAGAGCUCACAUAGGAGAGGAACCAUAUAAAUGUAGGAGGGGUGGGCAAGGAUUCAACCAGAGUGCCAGAAGAAGGCAUUUUUAUGCUCACAUUGCGGGGAAAAUGUCAGUGACGGACCAAACCUCAUCAGACACCAGAAAUGUCAUACCGGGCUCUAGACAGGUUUAUUCUUCGAUGAGAUGGAAAAAAAUGGAGAUGAUUCUCACUGGACAUCAUAGGAGGUACCUAGAUGGUAACACUGCCAUCUGCAUCUUCUGUUGUGUGAUGGAACCGUUCCUAGACUGUGUAGGCAGCCAAUGAGGUGUCAUUCUCGUCUUAAGGGUGCUGGUCCAUGGAGUUGCGAAGAAACACAGUCUCCCUCAUGUAGCGAAUUAGCCCAGCAGGGAAGAGAAAUCCCUGACAUACAUGUUCUCUACUUGCAGGGCAUUCAAGUAUGGAGGAACAAACUAUUCUCCAACAGCGUGAAGAAGUACCGCGCUGAUGCUUUAUUCGUGUAAUUUCUUGAUCCGCCAUGGGACUUAUCCUUAAUUCUGAAGUUUGGACAUGAUCUUAAUACCUUCGUCAGUUACCUUUGUUUUGGCUUUCCCUCUUAUUUAAUUGAAGUCUUUCAGAAAGAAAACAUCAGCGCUGCUGGAAGUUCAGUGAUCCACAAGCUAAUGGAUGUUAGAAAAAAAUCCACAAAUGAUAAUAUUUUAUUUGGGUGGGUGGCUCAGUAUAUCGAUACAGGCUGAUGGAGGAAGAAACGGGGCAAAAAGAAUUUUGGGAACGGAGGGAUCCUUUUCAUUUGUAGUAGGGUUACAACUAUUAGCCACUUUCAGAUACUGGUUACAAUGCCACCUUCAGUAGUUUAGUUGCAAGGCAGUGGGGAGUCUGUAAAAAACACCCAGAUCGAAUUCACCCUCCAAAUCCUUUUGUUGAAGAGGAUCCAACCCAUGUUGAGGAAAGGACGGGAAUGGACAAAGCAUUCUUUGAGACGUUCAGUAAAUUUUUCCUUUCCUUGGUGAUCUACAUCAGGAGCUUUGCCAUGAAGGAGACGCAUGGACAUCUCAGUCCAACCUUAACUUUUAACCCAUAUUCAGUCAAUGGCACCAUUUCAGGGAGGAAAUGGAAGUGGGGCUUAUCUACUCCAUCCAUCCCGUAUUUUCAGCCCUCAUGUUUUACGGGUUGUUAGAACUUUUGCUGUUAUGAUGAUGAUCUGAAAUUAGUAGAUAGUUGCUUUUAUUGUUUUGUCAUUGUAAGACUGCACCAAUACUCUUAUUAUUGGGAGCCAUAAAUAUUGUUGAUGAAUAAACUUUGAAAUAUUUAACACCAUUAAAAGAA